UGAAAGCUGAACUUCAUUGAAGUUGUUUUGUUCGUCUCGAUUAUUGGUGCAUUUGAGACGUUGCGUGACUGAUGUUCGUGUAUCUGCAGGCUAUAAAUAUGGUUGUUUAGGGUUGCAAACAUAUCGUAACUUGAUGUUGUGUCGGGCUUGGUCUCCAACAAUGCAUCCCAUCUGAUAACUGGGUAGUAAUGAACUGUGAUCAUGUGGUGGUACGCGAACAAUACAGUCGUUAAGCUAUGAUGAGCCACAACACCUGUAUUGAGUACACUACAUGUAACAAAAACUUUCUGAAUGUUCCGGUUAUAUAUGAUUACUGGAUUUCUGUUUUCAGGGGAUGUGCACGUUUGAGUGAACUGGCGACAAUCGUGUGGUUCCGCCCAAGAGACCAGAUCAUAUUUGGCUCGCCUGGCGACUCCCAUGUGGUCACGUUGAGGUUUGUUUGGUUUGUCAGCAUAUGCGUUUGUUUUAGCGCAACCUGUACAUGCUUAAAUGGUGUGUAAAUAAAUCUGUUGAUUUGAUUUCUAGCUUCUCUGUUACAAAAGUCCAGGUUAAUUGCCUUGACGUCCGCCUAGUUUCUAUCGCUUGACUCUGUGUAACGUCUUCAAAAUUUAUCAGCGGAUGGAGUAAACAUUCCCAGUUAAGAUACUUUGAGGGAGCAAAACCAAAUAUUGGUGCGUAGUAUUUCGAACUCGCUUUACUUCUCUAGGUUCUCAUCAGCUGCUCAAAGUAGCUACGGAUAUUGACAUACAAAUACGGUGGUCAGAGAUAAAUAUGUGUAUCAUGAUGUAUAGCGUAUUCCGAUCGAGUUAAUAACGCUGUUACGAAUCCCUGCUUCGGCCGAGUAGGUGACGUUUAAGAGGGGAAAUUCCAAGAUGUAGAUGCUGGAACCGGUAUUUAUAACGAUGGCCUAAGUGCUUUAAGGUGUUCGAUUUUUACAUGGUAACGAGAUCUGCUCGGAAUCGCAUCCGUACUUUGAUAUGAUGAUACUAUACAAUAUCAGCGCCAAGUAUUUUGAUUAUCUCUGCUGUAAUCGGUAUAGAUUCCACUGUUCAGAUUAAAUCCACAGAUUGCAGCUUUCCUGAUAAACUACCUAUCAAGUUGUCGAUGGAGAGAUGAUGAUUAGUCACUCAACGGGUUAUAUCAAAAUAGCACAUACUAAGAAAGUUGUGCUGUGGUAGCUACGCACAAAUGAAGAGUAUUCAGCUAGCAAAGGUAGUAAAUGUCUCGGGAGCUUUAAGCAUACUAUACAUUGAGAGUCACGAGGUAUACCCAUUGGGAGAUGUGGGAACAUUCAUGAGUAUCCAUGGUGAAUGACAAUAUCGUUUAAUCUUUAUCAGAGAUUAACUUGCACGACAGCCUGUUUUAUAAGCACGUGUAUAUUUUCUUUAUAAAUAGAUCAACCGGGACAUGUGGGAACUGCUGUAAGCUAAUGUCUGAAUGGUCUAUUCUCCAUGUCCCGAAAUCGUUCGCACCUUAGUAUUCCGAAUAAAGGUAUAGGAGCUAAAUGCAACCCUUUAGUUCUCAUAUGCCAUACUUGGCAAAAUUAAAAUAAGUAGACUCCCAGGAGUGUUGCGCACUGAGUCAAGUUGUUUCUUACUGCUGAAAUUAUACUUGAUCAGUCAAUUUUCGUCUUCAAAAUCCAUUUUAUGUGAAUUUUCUCCGGCGGUUAUACAUUUACCGAAAAUUCUCCAUCGAAAAGGUUAACUUCCACAAUAAAUUAAUAUGAAAGAUCUGGCUUUACUAGAUGAUAUUUAUUUAUUGACCGCUAAACUGUAUCUUUCGUAUUCUAGCCUACUUUCUAUAUUAUGAAGUACACCUGCAAUGAAGAUUAUCAAUAUUACAUCACUUACCACAAGGACCCACCAUUUGAUAUUCUCUUUCAAUAGAUACAUGCAAUUAAUAAAAGAACUAUAUGUAGAGUUAUUAAGCGAAGCAGAAUUAUAUAAAGUACAAGAUAUGGGAAGUCCAUUUCAUACAUACAUUGUAGCAUUAAUACAAGUUUACCAUGUCCUUCGUAUUUUCCAUGGAAUUCUGCAGUGAGAUAUAGUACGCUACUUUUACAAGAAAUAAUUACUAAUAAAAAUCCCUUGGUUGUACCGUACUGGAAAUUUAUCCCUAUAUCAGACAAAAUAUACAGAGAUCCCUGUUAUGGUCAUGGACUGUUCGAUAGUAAUAACAAUGAUGAAUAUUUACUUCACAACUUCCGCUGUACUCACGUCGCCAUUUUUUCUGUUAUCGCAUUUGUGGUUUCAAAACAGAAACAUGAACCAUACAGGAAAGAGCGGUAAUUGGAUAUUUAUAAGUGUUAUUUGAACGAACUUCCUUAAUACUGUACUUCUCUACUCUAUAAUAUGAUGAAAUAUACACUUAGUCCAUGUUGGUA